AUGGAGAGCCGCCAACCACCCACCGAGCGCUCCAGCUCAAACGACUACAUCGACGAGACACAGUUGUCGUUCAACAAGCUUGAGGCGCAGAGAUGGGAUCGCGCGUUGGAGAGCUCCCAGCGCGCACUCAACCAGUCGAUGACCUUGCCCUCCUUUCAGGACCUUUGUAACUACAGCGCACCUACGUUGAACCACAGCCUUCAAGAGACUCAAGAUUCCCCCGAAAGCACCAUGCGAGGUGGCGGAGGCGGCAGCGCUUUCCAGUCACCUGCCAGCGAUACUACUGUCAAGUUGAGUAACGUCUACAAGGAUCCCGAGGACGGCAGUGCGUAUACCUUCUUUCCGACGCCUUUCACCGUCGCCGCGACAUCAGAGACGGGUGCUACAAAUGGCUCUGCGUCUUCAGGUUCUAUCUCACCAUUGUCUCAGCGCCAGUCCUCCGCCCGCGUCGCGGUCGAGUCACCGUUUCGACCUGAGUUCGGCGGUCCAGUCCAGAAUCCCGCCAGUCAGGGUAUAUCGUGGUCUCCUGCGCAGCUACAGAAAGAGAUUUCACGAAACUCGGACAACUUCAAUUCCCACCCCAACAUAGCCAAGACUCAUGUUCCCGCCCGUCCGCAGUCAACAUUCCCCAUUCCACGAAACAUGCCUUUCGAGGAGAUGAUCGUACCGCGCGGACCGAACCUGCAUCAGCGAAGACUCGAUGCUAGAGUGUCAAGCUCACCGGGUAUACCGUCGCCCCUCGGUCCUGGACGUAUGCGAGAGCAGCUCCACGAUGGCGACGUUGGAGAAGUGUCGCUCUCACCAGUCCCGAACGGACGUCUCCACACGAGCGAUCAGAUGAAGUACGGAAAGCACAACCUUAGCAACAAGGAUACGAAGAACGUCUGGCAGAACACCCCGUCUCCACAUUCACCUACCGUGCAGCGCUACGCAUCCAGCGGCUCGAUCGACUCGCCCAUGUUCGACGUAUACCCUCGAAGCGCUGAGAUAGACGGCGAAGGAAACUUGACCUUGGGUGGCUCGCCGUACAGUACCGGUUCUGGACAUGCGCGAAAGCACACUGAUCCUUUUGUCGACCAUAAGCCGUUCCAAACCAGUGCGGGGUCUACGACUCGUAUGUGUGGAGUUGGUGCGCUUCCCCUACCGACUGCCACUCGCCCGCCGUCUGUCCAUCCUAGCAUGUAUGGAGGUCCUAGACCGCCUAUUCAUAACCCGGCUGGCAUCCAGAUGUGUGGAAGUAACAAUGGGAUUAGCUGGGAUCCCCGAUCUCCGCAGUUUGUGGGCAUGGUAUCUGCUGAUCGCCUACGUGGUAGUAACAGUGGCUUCGACACCGGAUCUCAGUCGUUCAACCGCCCACCGUUUGUUGAUGUUCAGACAUGUGGAACUCAGCCCUUCCAUCACCCGUCUAGUGUCAUUGUGUGCGAAGCUCCUCUAGCCACACCAUCGCCAUCUGAGACUCGCAUGAAGAGCGGUUUCAAGCCCUUCAUAACCUCAUCUCAGUCUUUCGGAAAGCCUUUCAUGCCCUCAUCUGAGUCGUUCGGUCAACCGCUUCGUACAUCGUCCACCGCAACAUGGCCCACCUCCGCACCCGCAACAUCCGGCUUCGCCACCCCAGCCUCGACAGAAGACCCUCACUCCUUACAUGAACCAACCUUCCAAGCCCGUCUACCCCUCCGCUCAAACCUACCCAUCCCACCCCCACCUCUCUCCACCAUCGAAGGCCAGUUCGAGCAGUCCCCUGAAGGCCGCGCCCGUCUCGACGCGCAGAAGCCCGUCCGCUCAGCCUGGAUCCGCUCCGAAGCGUCCAAGAUAGCCCAACUAGCAAAACUUCGCCACGCAAUGGAGAAGCGGUACGAGGAAACCCGUUCGGACGCAGACUACUCAGCCUGGCAAACUCUCCAAGCCGCCUACGACGAUGCUACGGACCUGGAGAAGAGGCAGGAAGAGAGGCGGAACCUUUUUCUUAGAGAGAAGAAGAUGGAGGCGUUGAAGACUGAUGUUGUUGGGGAUAUGUCGGCUGCUGCGAGUCGUGGUGAUAAGGGAGUAGAGGGGGAGGGCGAGGAGAAGUUGCUGGGGUAUAAGAUGGCGCUUAUGGAGCGGGUGUGUGCGGAGGUUAAGCCUGAUGGGGAGGAGGAGGCUAUUACUGCCGAGAUGUUGGCGACGUUGAGUAAGGAGGAGAAGAAGGCUAUAAGGAAGCUGCUCGUUGGUCGUAUGGAGCGGAUGGCUUGA